AUGAGUUUGAGAGUGGCGGAGGACGAUUCACGGAUCCAAAUACAUCUUCCUGCUGACAAUAUCCAUUGGGAGAUGCUGGAUAAAUCCAAGUUUUUCUUCCUUGGUGCCGGCUUGUUUUCCGGUGUUUCAGCCAUGCUAUAUCCAGUAGUUGUCUUGAAAACACGGCAACAAGUUCUUUUGAAGGACACACCUUGCUUCAAGAUGGCUUCUUCGAUUCUACGACAUGAGGGUUUUAGAGGUUUAUACAGAGGGUUUGGGACUUCAUUAAUGGGUACUAUUCCGGCUAGAGCUCUUUACAUGGGUGCUUUAGAAAUGACCAAGAGUAAUCUUAGUUGUACCGCUGUCAAACUGGGACUUUCGGAAGUGAAAGCAGCUGCUAUUGCGAACACUGCAGCUGGGUUAAGUGCAGCCAUGGUUGCACAGUUGGUUUGGACCCCAGUUGAUGUCGUGAGUCAGAGAUUAAUGAUUCAAGGUGGAAAGGGAGCAAACAUGAGGUCUUUAUCUUUAAGUUCAGUUAUGUACAAUGGAGGCUUCGAUGCCUUUUCAAAAAUUAUUCAAAAAGAUGGUGUUAGGGGAUUGUACAAGGGAUUCGGUAUUUCAGUCUUGACAUAUGCUCCUUCAAACGCAGUGUGGUGGGGUUCUUACUCCAUGACACAUCGAUGGAUUUGGGGUGGCGUUCUUUCUCAUACUGGCGUUGGAGGUGGGUUGAAGUCGGAUUCAGCUGCCGUGGUGGCGGUGCAGGGGCUGAGCGCCACUAUAGCAAGUGGGUUUUCGGCACUGGUAACAAUGCCACUGGAUACGAUCAAGACAAGAGUGCAGGUUUUAGAUGGUGAAGGUGGUAACAGGAGGGCGUUUGUGACGCAGAGUGUGAGGGAUUUGGUGAAGGAAGGUGGAUUGAGUGGUUGUUACCGAGGGUUGGGGCCAAGAUGGGUUUCGAUGUCGAUUUCUGCGACUACAAUGAUCACAACCUAUGAGUCCCUCAAGAGGAUGUGUACUAAUUAA